AUGCCUGAUACUCUAUUGACAACUUCUUCCGCAGGUUUAGCGCAUGAACUCCUAACCGGGCGAUGUGUCCUUCCCAAACCCGCGGACCAAGAUUCCACCCUCGCAAGGCAUGAGGCAGGCGUGUUUUCUGAGCUGCAAGAUGAUUUACGCGGCAGUACGUCUCCGUCUGAACGGAAUGUGCUCUUCAAUAAACGAAUCGCUCCUCUGUGCCAAUCUUUCGUCCUCGCCAUCGGCCAGCGCAUGGCGUUUGAAGCAGCAAGGCAAUCGACCCGCGUCUCGUCCAACGUCAUCGACGCCUUUGAGAAGAUGUGUAUUGCCGAAGACGCAGCCUGGUACAUGGAGCACUUGGGGCUCACCCGAAAGCAUAUUUUGGGCAUGGAAGUCGAUGCCUAUGAAGCCUUGCUGCCAAACCUGGAUGGAAUGCUUGAAAAAACAGGGGCCAAACCCUUCGUGACUUCGCCGUUGGUUUCUGACAAUGAGUGGGAAGAUGUGCUGAGCCUCUGCUCUAAAUUCGCCUCACCGGGGCUCGGGGCGAAACUAUGA